AAGAAUUUGGGUGUGCUCCGCCAAGGUGUGCCUGAAGACAUAUCAACAUUUCCAAGGUCGACACCGAUCCCUGCGCACCUAGGCAGACUUGUCUACACCCUGACUAUGCUGUCCGCGAGGUGGUGGCGUGUUGCCGCGGGUGCGGCGGCCGGCGCGGCGGUGGUGGGCGCCGUGAGCUACCGAGAAAAGAUCUCCGCCAUGCCGCAGUCCUGGAAAGAUAAGGUUCGGCACGAGGCCUUCAGACCCGCAUACAACAACCCGCCCAGGAACUACCCGUCCUCACAGCCGCUGUUCUCUCCCAGUUUUGACUUCCCCAAGAAAAUGCCGCCUGAAGACUACAAGGAGCUGCCCUGGAUGAAGAUCGACUUCAAGACGGAGCCUAAGAAGUACCUGUGGGCUCUCCUCGACUACUGCUUCGAAGGAAAUACCGAGUGCGACUUCCGUGUGGAGGACAACAGGGUGCGGCGCUGGUAUUACGCCCCCUGGCUGGCUUCGCGACCUUUUGGGCGGGAACCUAUUCACGGCCUUACCAUGGACAGGCCCUCCAACCCUGGGUACAUCGCUAAGGAAGACAAAGCAUGGGAACAGACUUGGGCUGCGGGGUUCUACAACUCUUACGGAGGCUACACCAUCGGGAAGUUCUGGGAGAAUCCCGGGAAGCCGACUCUUACCGCCAACGUGAGCUUCCCCCCCGGCACGGUCUCCUUCAAAAUCCUGUUCACCCAGGCCACGGAGAGGGACGUGCCCAGCCUGGAAGGGUCCAAGGUAUGGCAGGCAGCGAUCGGCGUGCCCGACCCGCCCAUCCCGCCGACUGCGUCCAGCUCGGAAGCCGCCCGGAUCCUGGAGCAGACCAUGAGUGCGCGUGACCGGGGGCCCGACCCGUACCCGCUCCGACUCAUUCAGGUGGACGUCAUGGUCAGGGACCCGCGGUCAGAGAUAGGGUGGGUGUUCGGAACCUUCAUGUACCACAAGGACGUGCCUGCCGCGGACCCCUGGCGGCGCCUGGUGCCCAUGACGCUGCAGUGGGGGAACGAUCCCGACCUCACGCCAGAGAUGUACUACGAGCAGGGCCGCAGGCCGACCGAGACGUGGACCAACCCGAGCGUCAGGGAACUCAGGCUCCUACCAAAGGGCCGUCCCUACCUCGGUUACCUGGAGCGAGCCAAUGGGAUCGUGGACGGGUUCACGUCUGCCUGCGCCUCCUGCCACUCCACGGCCUCCGCUCCGGUGGACAGGGCGAGCCGGGACGGAGAAUCCUCCGAGCAGACAGCACCAGGCAUGACCCCGGACACCAUGCGCUGGUUCCGGAACGUGAAGUGCGGGGAGCCGUUCCAGGAAGGCGUGCUGUCGCUGGAUUACUCCAUGCAGCUCAACUCCGGGUUCGGCGGGUACAGGCAAUGGCUGAGGAAGAACCCCGAGCCCAAGCCCGCCCUCUCACGACUGGAUUGUUUCAAAUAGUAACAAUAACAAUUAUAGUACUACUACUACUACUACUACUACUACUACUACUGCAGCGGGUACAGGCAGUGGCUGAGGAGGAACCCCGAGCCCAAGCCCGCUCUCUCGCGACUGGCUUGUUUCAAAUAGUAACAACAAUAAUAAUAGUAUUGUUAUCAUUAUUGAUCUUUAUUGGCAUGUAUUCCUGCCCACAUGGGAUUAUUAUUGAUGGGACUGACUACUGACCCCCCCCCCCCCCAUCUAGGUUCAUGACUGGAGUUGAUUUCCUUAUCCAUACAGCCUCUUUUAUCCAACGGGUGAUGAAACAUUUCCUUCACGUUUAAAAAAAAAACCUCAAGAGUCUCAGAACUGUCUUAAAGGAAAAACACCACACUUCAGACCACGUACAGUUUCCUUCAUUUAUUGUCAUAUCUCAUGACCUUCAUCAUUUCCUGUACAGGUGAAUAAUAUCGUAAAAUAUCCUCCAUAUAGAAAGAUACAGUAUACAGGUGUAACUAAAUAGAGCAGAAUCUCAAAUAAAAUUAAAAUGAAAAGCAAGAUCAGAAACAACAUUAAGCUGAAGUUAAAAUAAAUCAAUUCUACCUGUACAAUUUCAAGACAAACUGG